AAUGUGGAACCAAACUGUACAGAACACAAAGAUCACCUUUGCAGGGAGGCUCUGCUCAGCCACCAGCAUCCAGGUGGUGCAGUCUGUGAAAAAGGGGCUCUCCCCUGCUGGCAGUGCUGCCCUGGGCAGCGCCGGGCACCCGGAGUCGCCUCCCUACGUUCAGUGCCCACAAAGCGACGGGAAUAAGGCAAAGCACGACGGAAGCAACGACUACGCUGGAAACGUGGAGAGCAGCUCUAAGCUAAAGGCAGAACGAGACAGGGCCCGCGUGAGCCCGUCCCGGGGCUGGAGCCAGAGCACACCGGGGGUGCCUCCCAGCUCCACCCCAAACUUCCCUCCGGCCUUUCCUCCGCCGCCCCUUCCACGGUCAGUGAGUCCAGCGCUUCCCGGAGCGGUAGGAAUUGCAGGGGUGGAAACCGCAGCCCUGCAGCUCCCGAGAGUCAAUCCUGCAACGUUCAGUCUCCCUCUGCUUGCCCCACCUGGCAUUGCACAACCUGGCUCCCUGUCCCUCUCCAGGGGAACUCUGGCUUUCUCUCCCCCACCCCAAGGCUUUGUUUCACAGCACGAAGGUACCAAAGCAUUUUCCCUCUCUCAUGUGAAGCCCUGGACUGAAGGGUUAUGACCCUUGGCUGGGUUAUAACUUUGUGCAUCAGCUUUAUCUCACCUGUAACGUGGCACUGAGCCCAAAGGCUGGGUUGUGGUGGCUGUGACAUCACCCAGGGGACAGUCCCCGCUCGGGAUCAUCCCUGGGAUGCUCAGCCUGACCUGUCCAAGGUGGGGAAGGAGCUGUUGGCACCAUCGGGCCAGGAAUGGAGGUGCAGCAGUGAAGGGCUGAGCUGGCAUUGCUGAGCCCUCCUGCUCUGCAGUGAGGAGGCUGCAGAAGAUGUGGAGGAGCCUCCACGACAUCCCUUGGAAGUCCUGGCUUGGCCUUCAGCAGGAUGUGUUCGAGAAGGGAAUUUUUUCCCCCCAGGGCAAUCCCACACAAUCACCUCCAACUUUCAGGGCGAUUUAUGGCCUGGAAACCUGAAGUUAUUUAAUCAGGAACAAACCACAGGAAUGUAAACAAACAAACGAUGCAGGAGAAUGGA